CAGUUCUACAUUCCGAUUUCUCGAUACUCGUAAUUCUUGAGUCUCAUUAUCUUUCUUCAUUUUUUUUCUGUUUCCAAAUUCUUCUUUUUAUUGAAACAUGUAUCGUUUUGCUGCAAAUCUUGCUUCCAAAGCCAGGGUUGCAAGAAACAGCAGCCAACAGAUUGGUAGUAGAUUGGGUUGGAGCAGAAACUAUGCUGCGAAAGAUAUUAGAUUUGGAGUGGAGGCCAGGGCUCUGAUGCUUAAGGGUGUUGAGGAGCUCUCUGAGGCAGUUAAAGUCACCAUGGGCCCGAAGGGGCGUAAUGUAGUGAUUGAGCAAAGUUGGGGUGCCCCCAAAGUGACAAAGGAUGGUGUCACUGUGGCAAAGAGCAUUGAGUUCAAGGACAAAGUCAAAAACAUUGGUGCGAGCCUUGUAAAGCAGGUUGCAAAUGCCACCAAUGAUGUUGCUGGUGACGGUACUACAUGUGCUACUGUCCUAACCCGUGCAAUAUUUGCUGAGGGCUGCAAGUCAGUUGCAGCUGGCAUGAACUCAAUGGAUCUUAGACGAGGUAUUUCCAUGGCUGUUGAUUCUGUGGUUACAAACUUAAAGAGCAGAGCACGAAUGAUAAGUACAUCGGAAGAAAUUGCUCAGGUUGGGACAAUCUCUGCAAAUGGAGAAAGAGAAAUUGGAGAGCUGAUUGCAAAGGCUAUGGAAAGGGUUGGCAAAGAGGGUGUCAUCACCAUUCAAGAUGGAAAGACUCUGUUCAAUGAAUUGGAAGUAGUUGAGGGAAUGAAGUUGGACAGAGGCUAUAUUUCCCCGUACUUCAUCACAAAUCAGAAGAACCAGAAAUGUGAGUUGGAUGACCCUCUCAUUCUUAUACACGAGAAGAAAAUUUCAAACUUAAAUGCUAUUGUCAAAGUAUUAGAGUUGGCUUUGAAGAGGAAAAGACCUCUAGUAAUAGUUGCCGAAGAUGUGGAAAGCGAUGCACUUGCAACUCUUAUCCUCAACAAGCUUCGUGCUGGGAUUAAGGUUUGUGCUAUAAAAGCACCUGGAUUUGGUGAAAAUAGGAAGGCUAGUUUGCAGGAUCUUGCUGCUUUAACAGGAGGCCAGGUCAUAACAGAAGAACUUGGAUUGAAUCUGGAAAAUGUGGAGUUGGAUAUGCUCGGCUCAUGUAAAAAGGUCACAAUAUCUAAGGAUGACACUGUUAUUCUUGAUGGCGCUGGUGAGAAGAAAGCCAUAGAGGAAAGAUGUGAACAGAUAAGGUCAGCAAUUGAAUUGAGCACUUCUGAUUAUGACAAGGAGAAGUUGCAAGAAAGACUUGCUAAGCUAUCUGGUGGUGUAGCUGUAUUAAAGAUUGGAGGAGCUAGUGAAGCAGAAGUUAGUGAGAAGAAAGACAGAGUUACAGAUGCUCUAAAUGCCACAAAGGCAGCUGUUGAAGAAGGAAUUGUACCUGGUGGUGGUGUUGCUCUUUUGUAUGCAUCGAAAGAACUCGAUAAAUUGCCAACAGCCAACUUUGACCAGAAGAUUGGUGUACAAAUUAUCCAAAAUGCAUUAAGGGUAUGAACUUUCAUUGUCGAAUUUUA